AUCAUCGACUCACCCACUUCCUGCCUCGACGCACAAUGGUCACGUGACGCGUCCGCCACUGAAGUUACUCCAACGCAGUCCUCUCAAGUCGAAAGUUUGCACUUCUUAGGCACGCUUCGUUUGUAAGAAAACACCACCAUGGCGGAACUAGGUUUUGUGAUCGCCAUGUCUGUGGUGACUCUGUUUUGGGCCAUUGUUGGAGGAGUGGUGCCCUGGUUUAUCCCCAAAGGACCUAACAAAGGAGUGAUUGUCACAAUGCUGGUGUUGACUGCAGUUUGCUGCUACCUGUUCUGGUUGAUAGCAAUUCUGGCCCAGUUGAACCCACUUUUUGGACCCACGCUGUCCAAUGAAACCAUCUGGUACCUGAACUAUCACUGGCAGUAAUUUCCAGGACUCCCGACCAUGCAGGGAAGAACCUGAUAUGACUGCAUACCAAUAGAUUCUUUCUCCUAAUUUCAUGCAGGGAUCAUUCCUUCUUAAUCGCCUUAAACCCCGACCCCUGUGUGAUUACUGAGUGACGCCCACACUGGUGCCUUGUACAAAAAAAAAAAACUUUUCCAAAGGACUUGUGAAAGAUCUCAUUGAAUGUGCUUUACUUUAAAUUAAAACAUCCUUCACUUGUUUGGUUUAUAUGUUGUGUAUAUUGUGUUUAUUGCUGCUGCUGCUGCUGCCGCUAUUAAGUGUGCCUUUGCCUCAUGAUGUGUGUUUGAUGUGAUCUCAUUUUGUCUCAAUGAUACUGAUGGAUGUAAUACAUUUGAUAGUGGUUAAUAAUAAACAAUCAACUGCA